AUGGCACGAAGACUACACUCUGGCGGAAUCGGUCAUGGAUCCCACCAUGUAGAUGCAUCAACCAAUGUGAACGGUGUCAAGGCCGAGAAGGUGAACCUUGAGAAGAGCAGAGCCGCUCGAAGCGCGGAAGAGCCUACGAACACUCAGCAGGCCGAAGAGUAUGACGAUAGUAAGGAUGAAAUGGAGGUGGACGGGGAGGAAGAUGCAGGAGAAGGAGAGGAUGCAGAAGCCGAGGAAGAAGGUGUUCAAGAGGAGGGCAGCCCGAAAGGGAAGAAGCGUAUCAGAGUUAAUGAGAACGGCGAUGCACGUCCCGUCAAGGAUGAGAAGGGCAAAGCGAAAGCUCAUACCAUCGUUCGUGAUGCUGAUGGGUAUGUUCCUGGCUCGAUUGUCCGCGUUAAGCUCGAGAACUUCGUCACCUAUGAUCAUGUGGAAUUCCGCCCAGGACCCCAUCUCAACAUGAUUAUUGGGCCUAAUGGCACUGGUAAGAGUAGCAUUGCCUGUGCUAUCGCUCUCGGCCUGAAUUGGCCUCCAAGCAUCCUUGGCCGGGCCUCGGAGCUCAAUUCUUUUGUCAAGAUAGGCACGAAUGAAGGCUACAUAGAGAUAGAGUUGAAGGGUCCCAUUGGCAAGUCCAACUUAGUCAUCAAACGAUUCCUUAGCGCGAAAUCCAAGAGUUCGACCUAUACCAUCAACGGGCACUCAGCGACUGGCAGAGAGGUCACGCAGAAGAUGAACGAGUUAAACGUCCAAGUUGGCAACCUUUGCUCGUUCCUCCCUCAGGACAAGGUAUCAGAGUUUGCAAGUAUGUCUCCGCAGCAACUAUUGCGGGAGACGCAGCGGGCGGCUGGCGAUGAGCGCUUGACUGCUUGGCACGAUACAUUGAUCGGUUCAGGGAAGGAGCUGAAAGAACUGCAAGAGCUUCUGACUACGGACCGCCAGAAUUUGAAGACCUUGGAAGAACGAAAUGGAAUGCUCGAACGGGACGUCCAGCGAUAUAACGAGCGCAAAGAAAUCGAGCGCAAGAUCGCUGUUCUGGAACUUGUCCUGCCCUUCGUGGAGUACGUCGAAGCGAGGGCUCGCUAUGUUGAGGCGAAGGCCAAACAGCGGGACCUGCACAAGAUCGUGCGAGAGCUCAGGGACAAGAAUGCUCCGGCUCACAAUCUCAAAAAGCAUCUUGAAGAGAAAUACAAACAUCUAAAUGCACAACGCGAUCAAAAGAAGAAGGAUGCGCAGAAGAAAUUCAAUGACAUGAAGGUGAAAUGGAAAGAGAACGAACGCCUGCAAGGGGAGGCGGAUAUAGUGUCACAACGGCUAUUGAGUCUUAAGAAGAAUGAGAAAGACCGUCUCCGAAAGAUUCAAGAGCUUGAACGCCGGAAGAACGAGAUGGAACAACAAUUGGACAAUCCUGUCAAGACGGAGCCAAUGGAAAAUAUAACGUUUGAGGCGCGUCAAUUACAACAAGCCGGGAAUGGGAUCCGACAACGCCAAGCUGACCUCCAGUUUCGUCAGAGGGCCAAUGUGCAGGAAACCUCCAGGGCAGAAUCUGAAUUACAGCAAGGACGAAAUGCCUUAUCGAAUUUGGACAACGUAUUCCAUCGAAAAGUCGCUGCGCUGCGCAAAUUCGACCCCGACUGUGCGGACGUCAUCAUAUGGUUAAGGGACAAUCGCCAUCGGUUCAAGAUGGAGAUCAUGGAGCCUGCUAUUGUGAGUUUGACGGUACAAAACAAGCCGUAUGUGGACGCUGUAGAGGCAUGUUUUAGCGGUAUGCAAUUGCGCACUUUUGUCGCUCAAUGCGACGAAGAUUAUCAGCUCCUGAACAGGCUUGUAGUUGACACUCCCGAAGCUCUUGGACGCCGGGUUCGUGUCAUGACUUGGUACCGCCCAGAUGACGGCCGUGGUGUCAUGCCCCCGCCGAUGAGUGUCCAAGAGCUUCAGUCGUUGGGUUUUGAUGGAUAUGCGAUACAAUAUGUCGAUUGUCCCCAAGGCUUACGUACUUUCUUGCAGCGUGAAUGUCAGCUGCAUCGUACGGCCAUUGGACUCGAUGCAUCUAGAAUCGACCCGAAUCAUGCUAUGGAUGCCGUGGCGCGAGGAGGGGGAGGUAGUUAUACUACUGGUUAUACUAUGAACCAGGUCAUGCGCUCGCGGUAUGGCAAACAGCUCUCCCAGAACAUGUCGCGAGAAUUCGCACGCGCCAGAAAUCUCGACUUCCCCGCCAUUGAUCCAACUGCUAAGCGUGCCAUCGAGCAGCGUGUCUCUGAGGCCAAUGACAGGCUCUCUAUGUGCCAAAAAGAGGCAGACGCGCUUGGUGAAGAAGAGCGCAUGUUGAAAGCUGAGGAUAGCGAGUUGAAGAGGCAAUAUGCUGCCCUCGCUUCCAGGAGGAAACACGUCGAGGACGAAGUAAAACGUGUGCAAGUUUUGACAAGAAAUACAGCUUCGAAUCACCAGAAACUCGAGGAGUUAAAAAGUGCACCAUCGGUGGAGGCAGAGCGUGCGAAUUUGAAGGAGCAAAUCUUGGAGUUCACGAAGAAGCGUGCUAACAUUGCUAAACAAUAUGCGGACAUCGUCCGUGCUGCUAUCAGAGAUCAAGCUGCUGCUACGAAGCUCGGUUUAGAAUUCCUGCAAACUGGGGCCAACAAGAUCGCUUUGGAGGCCCUCAUUGAAGAACGUGACGUCGAGUAUCAUAAAGCGGUUGACAGAUUCGCCCAAGGCAAGUUAUGUUACGAUCUCGCGAAAAAGGAUUCUUUCGAUAAACUAGAAAGAAGCAAGACGAUGCUUGCUGAGGCUGACGAUGAUGCUCUCGAGGAAUUCAGGGCAAUGGAAGAGGCGAGCGAGCUGUGCUCAUGCAGGCUAUAUCAGAAUGGAGAGGCCCAUCAGAAGACAUCCGAGGAAGUCAAAGACGACUUGCAGAAUCAACGUCAGAGGCUGGAACUCGUUCUUCAGACCAACCCUGGGGUCGUCGAUCAGUAUGAAAGACGCAAGGCUGAGAUUGAGGCUUUGACCAAAAAAAUCGAGGAGAGAGAGCGGAAGGCUGGGAAGGUUGAUAAGUCAAUCAAAAUCGCACGGGAUAGCUGGGAGCCUGCUCUCCGGGGAUUGGUCAAUUCCAUUGGGCAGAAAUUUUCUGCGGCGUUUGACCGCAUUGGAUGCGCUGGCGAAUUGGAAGUUCAGGAACACGAAGACUACGAUAAAUGGAGGAUCGACAUCCGCGUCAAAUUCCGAGAUGGCGAGAAGUUACAGCUCCUGACGGGGCAGCGUCAAUCCGGAGGCGAACGUUCUCUGACUACAAUCUUGUACCUGAUGAGUAUGACGGAACAGGCCCAUGCACCGUUCUCUCUGGUGGACGAGAUCAACCAGGGCAUGGAUUCACGUGCAGAACGCACAGUACACAAUCAAUUGGUUGAAACGACCUGCAAAGCGGAUAGUGGACAAUAUUUCCUCAUCACUCCCAAGCUUCUUCCCGACCUACGAUACCACAAGCUCAUGAAGGUUCUCUGCGUCAACAACGGCGAGUGGUUGCCCGAAGACAGGGGACUCGGAAACAUGAAGAGUAUGAUCGAGCAUUACGUUCAGACGCAGAGAAAGAAACCAAGCGCUGCCGCUGCUUGA